AUGAGAUACCGCGGCGGCGGCAGUAGGAGCAGCGGGAAGGAGGAGGAGAAGGAGGAGGAGGAGGAAGAGGAGGAGGAGGAAGAGAAGAAGGAGGAGGCGGCGGCGGCGGCGGCGGCGGCAGUGGCGGCGGCUAAGGAGGAAAACCCUCCUGGCUGGCUGUGUGUGCGGAAGAGUUUGCCUUCCGAGCAGCCCGGCCUCCUGCAGGACUGGAGCAGCGGCGGGAGCGGGAGACGCCGGGAAAGCGGUAACAUCCACCCCGAGGGUCGGAGCAGCGUCGGCGGCGGCGGCGGGGACAGUGGGAGCAGGAGCAGGAGCAGGAGCAGGAGCAGCCGCCGCCAGCAGCCGGGUCCGAGCAGUCCCAGCUCUCGGGUCGCCUCGGCCGACAGCAGCAGCGGCAGCUGGAAGAGCGCGGUCCCCGCCAGGCUCGAGGGCUUCCCCCAGCAGAGGCAGCGGCAGCGGCAGCGGCAGCUGGAGCCCCCAGAGCCCCGCAGCCGCCGCCGCCAGCAGCCCAGGAAAAACUGUGUAGAAAAUCUAAUGGAUGAAGAUGAGAAGGACAGAGCAAAGAGAGCUUCACGAAACAAGUCUGAGAAAAAGCGUCGUGACCAGUUCAAUGUUCUCAUCAAAGAACUUAGCUCCAUGCUUCCAGGGAACACUCGAAAACUGGAUAAAACUACAGUGCUUGAAAAAGUCAUUGGAUUUUUACAGAAACACAAUGAAGUUUCAGCGCAGACAGAACUCUGUGACAUUCAGCAAGACUGGAAGCCUUCAUUUCUCAGUAAUGAAGAAUUCACCCAGCUGAUGUUAGAGGCAUUAGACGGCUUCAUUAUUGCAGUGACAACAGAUGGAAACAUCAUCUAUGUAUCUGAUAGUAUCACGCCACUCCUUGGGCAUUUACCGUCAGAUGUCAUGGAUCAGAAUUUAUUAAAUUUCCUUCCAGAACAGGAACAUUCAGAAGUUUAUAAGAUGCUCUCUUCUCAUAUGCUUGUGACUGACUCUUCCUCUCCAGAAUACUUAAAAUCUGACAACGAUUUAGAGUUUUAUUGUCAUCUUCUCAGAGGCAGUUUGAAUCCAAAGGAAUUUCCAACAUAUGAAUACAUAAAAUUUGUAGGAAAUUUUCGGUCCUACGACAACGUGCCUAGCCCCUCUUGUAACGGCUUUGACAAUACAGUGACAAGGGCUUACCGCUCACCACUAGGAAAGCAAAUAUGCUUCAUCGCAACUGUUCGUCUGGCCACACCUCAGUUUCUAAAGGAAAUGUGCAUAGUUGAAGAACCUUUAGAGGAAUUCACUUCAAGACAUAGCCUGGAAUGGAAAUUUUUAUUUCUGGAUCACAGAGCUCCACCAAUCAUAGGAUAUUUGCCUUUUGAAGUGCUAGGUACUUCUGGCUAUGAUUAUUAUCACAUAGAUGAUCUAGAACUCCUAGCCCGUUGCCAUGAACACUUGAUGCAGUUUGGCAAAGGAAAAUCUUGUUGUUAUCGGUUUCUGACCAAAGGACAGCAGUGGAUAUGGCUCCAGACCCAUUACUACAUCACCUACCAUCAGUGGAAUUCCAAGCCAGAGUUCAUUGUCUGCACACACACUGUAGUCAGGUACUUCCAUAUUACUGCCCAUGUGAUGGACAAGGGGGCAAGCUUGGAUCCUCAACAACACUUUAGUGCACUUGAAGUGGGUGCCUCUGUCCUUAACACUAGCCAAUCACCGUCAGCAUCUUCAAGAAGUUCUCACAAAUCCUCCCAUACACCCAUGUCUGAGACUGCCUCUACUCCAACCAAACUGAUCAGAGAAUCCAGCACCCCUUCCUUGUCAAGGACCUCUAGCCUACCGCAGGAGUUACCCAUGCAAGGGCUCAGCCAACCUGCUACCAUGCCUGCUUCUCUGCCUUCUCAGUCAUCCUGUGAUCUUCUUACCCAACAUCUGCUGCCUCAAGCUGUUUUGCAAAGUCCACCUACACCUAUGACACAGUUCUCAGCACAAUUCAGCAUGUUUCAAACCAUUAAAGACCAGCUGGAGCAGCGGACCCGGAUCCUGCAGGCCAACAUUCGGUGGCAACAAGAAGAACUGCAUAAAAUCCAGGAGCAGCUGUGCAUGGUCCAGGACUCCAACCUCCAGAUGUUUUUGCAGCAGUCAGCUGUCUCCCUAAGUUUCAGCAGCGUCCAGCGGCCAGAGUCUCAGCAGCAGCAGCAGCUACAACAGAGGUCAGGGGUUGUUUCCCAGACACAGCUUGUUCCUAGUUCUCAGCUUCCGGGGCAAAUUUCGACUUCUCAAAUAGCAAACCAGCAACUGCUACGGGAAUCCAGUGUGAUAGCAAGCCAGGGUCAAAAGCCAAUGAGAAGUACACAAGUCAUGCAGGGAAAUGGCCACUCUGUGAGCAGCUUAACCUCACAGUUCGGCAGCACAGCUUUACUUCCGCAAGCGCUGAGCCUGACCACGACUGGUUCUAUCACCUCGGACACUGGACAGUGUCACCCCAGCCCAGACUUCAGCCAUGAUAGGCAACUCAGACUGCUGCUUAGCCAACCAAUCCAGCCAAUGAUGCCUGGGUCAUGUGAUGCAAGGAGGUCCUCAGACCCUGGCGGCACUGGACGACAAGUAAAAUAUCCUCAGAGCCCAUCUGGAUUUCCAAGUCUGGAAGUACAAACAUCCAGCAGCAGCACCUCUACCCCUAUUCUGCUGAUGGGACAAGCUGUGUUGCACCCUGGUUUCUCUACCACACAGCCAUCCCCCUUGCAGCCUCUGCAACCCCAGCAGCCACCACACUAUCUGCAGGUACAGACACCAACCUCUUUGCACAAUGAACAGCAAGACUCUCUGCUUCUGCCCGCCUACUCACAACAGCAAGGGACCAUGGGAUAUCACCCCACACCCCAACAGCCUCCACCACCACCACCGCCGCCGCCACAUCCUUCCCGAAGGCCCAGCAGUCUAUCAGAGUCCUCAAGCCUCCAGCAGCCUCCACGAUAGGAUGCCAACAGAAUGUCAAUACACAAUCAGCUUUAACCAAUGGACAAGAGAGGGACAGGGCAGGGGAGGAAAGGAUUUGGGAUCUAAACUCUUGGCUUUUGCACACUGCAGAAUACAUUUCAGAACUCCUAGGUCAUAACAAAUCUCAGAGUACAGGUUGCAGUGGAUAGAAAAUUGUCAAGAUCUGGUUGUCCUUGGUUCCCCCUGGCUCAGUGGAUCUCUGAUGUACUCUACAGCCAUACAUGACCACUCAGACUGGAAAUGAACAGUAUUCUGUGUGAACCCCAUCCUUAUUGGGUAAACACUUGGAGAAAGUACUUUUUGCUACAUCCUUGUGAGCACAUCCAUGUUACUCCAGCUGACUGUGGACUGUCUAUAUGAAAUAUUUGGCCUUUAUUCUUUCAAUCUUCUUUCCUUUGCAUUUAAGAAGCACUGGGUCAAAGAUCUGUUGAAGAGAGAAAGAACAAGAGAUUAUUUUUAUUAUUGUUAAUAUUUUUUUUUGCACAACUGCACAGAAGAAAUAACUUAGGCACUUUCUGUAUAAAAUUAAAAAAAAAUAAAAGUCUAUUUACUUCAUGUUGUGACCACAACUACAAAAAACAGCAGGCAGAGCUGGUCAUACUCUCCAACCUAAAACUAACAGAGCAGACCUUUUAACCCUUCCUGUUCUGGUGGUUGUUUUGGGUUUGGUUUCUUUCUUAAGAAAAUAACACUGGACUAUACCUGUUUACUUUAUUAAUUACAACUACAAAGGAGGACUCAAACUGUAAGCACAAUCAUGCAGCUGAUGUUCUGGAAUUCUGUUGAGACACAUAAGAACACAAAGAGGAUACAUUUCUGCCUCCCAAACAGCCAAUCACCUCUGUUUGGGGCUACAGGUCACUGAGGAAAAUGCACUGUGUUUUGGCCCAUUGAAUGGGGAUGCUGCAUCUUAUUACAUAUCUUUCAUGAUAAAUACCUAGGAUUGAAUUUUCCUUUAAAAAUGCACUUUUUGCUUUUUUUGUAUGUUUUGUUAUGUUGAGAUGUUUCUAAAGAAAAGAUUUUAUGUAAUUAUAAAACAUAGUGUAUUGUACAGCUGUUGUAAUAAUGACCUAUUUCUAUAAAAAAUAAAAU